ACCAAUGAGACAAGCAGAAUAGAGAAUGAAUAGGUCUCAUCAAAUGACAAAUGUUCACAUCGUCUCAUUCACUUUCCUCACGAGAAAGUGAAACACUCCAAAACCCCAAACCUAAAAUUGCCUAAAACUGUUUCGAUUUAAGGAAGAAACCCCGUUAGUCCUACGUUUUUUUUUUCUUUUUUGUGUCACGAAGUCCUACGGUUUAGUUAAUGAAACCAUAAGGUUUUUGGUUUUUUUUCUUCUAUGGAAGGAGGUCCCCGUUUCCUUUUUCUUUAUUGGAGAGAAAUUCUAUAGAGAUCCCAAAAACACUAGCUGUCAAGCAACCUGAGUUCUGGAUCUAAGUUGUCGGCUGUCACCUUCAACGAACACUACCGAUGCAAUCCUCCACCACCGUCUCCCAUCUACUUUCUCUUUUUUUGUCUUUGGUCACCGUUUGUCAAAUCUUCGAUAAGUGUGUGUGGGCUUUGGGCUUUGAAGAACAUUCAAAGUCAAAGUAAUAGGCUUCAGUGAUGGGCUUCGGGAUUUAGUUUGUCACUAAAUCACACGACGUCGCUUCUUCUGUUGGGGAUGAUGAAGUUGUUAUAACGGCCAGUCAUAUCGUCUUCUUCGUGUGGUCAACCUGUAACAGACUCAAGAGAGAUUAGAGAGAGUGAGUUCUACCUGAGGCGAUCGAUCGAGAACAGAGUCAGAUUGUCUCCGGUGACGUCGCCAUAGCAGGAUCCGAUUACUUGUAGUGUAUUUCAGAGAAGAAGGACAUAUAUUUCGCCUCAUUAUCGAUCGACGCGGAGAUGUCCACAUCGAACGAUACGUUGACGGAUGAAACGACCGAUACUAAAAAUCUGGAAUAGAUCGACAUGGAUCGACUUAAAUCGAUCGAUAAGGAUCCACAAGAAUCGAUCAACACACAACCGUUUACAUCGAUCAAUACCGACCAGCCGGAAGUAGCAACAUUUCCUCAAAAUUCAGAAGCGUCAAGCGGACGAUGGUGUGUAGCUAAUCCCCAUAUACCGGACCAAGUGGUACAAGCAGCUGCAGAAUGGGCUUGUCAACAGAGCGUAGCAUGCUGUAGCAGGAUUCAGCUUGGCCAAAAUUGCUUCUUGCCCAACACUAUCAAGGACCAUGCAUCUGUUGUCUUCAAUACAUACUACCAGAAUUAUAAGCACCAAGGCGGUUCUUGUGAUUUCAAUGGUGCUGCAGUGAUCACCGACACCGACCCUAGUCAUGGCUCUUGUCAAUUUGAAUCCGCCCCUGAUUCUAAGUAAAGAGCAAAGAUGAAAUGAAACCACUUUCUGCAACUAAUGAACCGACUUAUGUACUAUUGCUGAAUAGUAAUAAAAUGCAAUGCAUUAUGAUUACAGUAAACUAGCCAUUUAUAUAUAUAAUAU